AUGGCUACAACCAUGACCUCCAACUCAUUUGGGAUUCGUCGGGUCUUCCCCAUCCGCAUACCACAGCCUAGGAGCUCAGCAGAUUCGGCAUUGAAUGCCCUUGGCCUGAUAUCUGGCACAGAGCCAUCGGCCGAUGGAGAAGACUCGGGUUACGAAAAGCCUCCAAUUCCGAAGGCACUUGUUCGGAGGGCAUCCCAGCCAGAUCCCGAUCCAGCAAAUGGAAAUGCGCCGGAUGGACAAAAGCUUGAUCAAAUUUCCAAUGACGACCCACCGCAGGUUGCCACCACGGAGGAGCUUGAUACAAUGCCUCAAACAGGUGGACGAUUUGUCUCAAACACUUACAGCUAUGUGACGGCCGGAGAUACGCCAGCUACAAAUGCUCCAACAACAGAGAAAGUUCAAAAGACUGUUAAGGUCUAUAGGUGUGAAGAUGAACCAAUUCAUAUGCCGGGUGCGAUACAGGCGUUCGGAGCUUUGAUCGCGAUUCGGGAGGACGAUGCGGGCCGGUUCGCGGUUCGCGUCGUUAGUGAAAACUCCCAGAACAUUACCGGGCUAGAACCUGAACAAUUAUUUGACCUUCGAUGUUUCACCGAUCUACUCUUUUCAGACGAUAAGAGGGAAUUUUUGUCCCGGGUUCGCGGUCUAAGAAACCAGCCGGUUACAUCGACUACCAACCUAGACGUCUUCUCCCUCUCGCUGACGUCGCUUCGCGGUGCCCCUCUUCAAUGCUACAUAGCAAUGCAUCUGAAUCUCGAGUCUGACCUCAUCAUAUGCGAAUUCGAACUAAAGAGAGACAUCUUCAAUCCUCGACAUCCUCCCGAAGAUGGGCUACCAGCAGAGCCUAUUCAAGUUACCGAUCAUGAGCCAAGCGAGGAAGAAAUGAGCCUAUCAACAACGGCAAUGCACAAACCACUGCGUGCUGUACAAGUUGCGAGAGAGACUGGGCGCCAGAUGGGACCUAUGGAGCUAUUUCAUGUGCUUUGCGAAGUCCAGGACCAGUUGUCGAGUGCUACAACCCUACCUGAGUUAUUGGACAUCGUUGUUGGCUUGGUUUAUGAGCUUACCAGCUUUCACCGGGCAAUGCUAUACCAGUUCGAUGAGACUACUGCAGGGACUGUUGUGAGCGAGAUAGUCGAUCCUAGAGCAUCUACAGACAUUUAUCGAGGGUUGAAAUUCCCCGCCAGUGAUAUUCCAAAACAGGCCCGCGAUCUCUAUAUGAUCAACAAAAUCCGAAUUCUUUAUGAUCGCGACCACCCGAAUGCGAGACUAAUCUGCCGAACUCUCGAAGACGCCGAAACCCCACUCGAUCUCAGACACUCAUACUUGAGAGCCAUGUCUCCCAUUCACAUCAAAUAUCUCGAGAACCUGGGAGUACGAGCAGCCAUGUCAAUAUCGCUUACGGUGGACAAUAAGUUGUGGGGUUUGGUCAGUUGUCAUGGUUAUGGCUCUGGCAAGCGAGUUCCCCUACCUGUACGAGAACUUUGCCGCGCUCUGGGAGACCUUGCGAGUACGAAUAUCGAGAAAUUGAUAUACUCAAGUCGAAUAAAGGCGCGUAAGCCGCUGUCUGCGCAUCCACAACAGCGCUCCCCAUCUGCGUACAUCGCAGCUUCUUCCGGAGACCUCCUGAACAUGUUUGGAGCAGACUUUGGAUUCCUGGCUAUCAAGGGAGAAGCGAGGACUAUUGGUCGACUUUUUGCAUACAGCGAAGCCAUCGUUCUUCUGCAAUAUAUUCGGGCGAGAUCAUUCACUAACAUAUACGCAUCCGAAUGUAUCACGAAAGACCUACCUGAUAUCGACUACCCUGCUGGAUUCCACAUGAUUUCGGGAGUAUUGGUUAUUCCUCUCGCACUUUCCGGCUCUGAUUUUCUUAUAUUCUUUCGAAAGGGUCAGACGCAGGAGGUCAAGUGGGCGGGGAAUCCACAUGAGAAGAAAAAGGUUGUUGGGAACUACUUGGAGCCAAGAUCAAGCUUUCGCCGCUGGAGUGAGCGUGUUGUAGGAAGGAGUCGAGAAUGGACGGAGGAUCAGAUCGAGUCUGCCGCAGUCCUGAGCACCUUGUAUGGUCGGUUUAUCGAGGUAUGGCGUCAGAAGGAGGCAAUCGUUCAGAGAAAUCGGAUGACUCGCAUUCUUAUUCGAAAUGCUGGCCAUGAAGUUCGUACACCACUAAAUAGUAUUAUCAACUAUCUCGAAGUUGCACUGGAAGAAGUCUUGGAUGAACGAGCACGACAGCAUUUGCAAAGGUCGUUGCAGGCCUCGAAGUCCCUUGUUUUUCAAGUCAAUGAUCUCCUUAGCCUCACUGAAGCCGAGGACUCGGAUUUUAAUACACACGAGGAAAACAUUGAUCUCAGACAUCUGCUUCAGGAGGUUAUCAGCUCGUACAAAGACAGAGACUCCCGCCCAGAUCUUCUAAUUGACCUCCAUGAUGACCUACACAUCCCAACUAUUGUACGUUGCGAUCCAUCCAUGCUACGGGCUGUGGUAUCGAACUUGCUGGCGAAUGCAAUUCAACAUUCCGGUGGCGAUGUAAUUUUCAUUCAGUUGGAACAAAUCAGCUCCUCGGACACAAAUGAUCUGGUCGAAAUGUCAUUUCAGGACAAUGGCUGUGGCUUGUCCGAGCAAGCACUCGACUGCCUCUUCCAAGACUUCGAACAAGUCUUAGACGAUGAUGACAAUGAAAUCAAUGGUGGCAAAUACGAAACUGCUGCGAAGGAUCCAACAGGUCCAAUAUCAUUGGGGCUUGGCUUGGCCAUGACCGCAAGAUUUGUUCGUUUGAAUGCUGGUCAAGUAUCGAUUGACUCGGAACUCGAGAAAGGGACCAGAGUAUCGAUCAAGAUUCCAUUCAGAAAGGCUCGACGAGACAAAUCGAGAGACAGUGACGCUCGUAGUGGAGACUCCCUGCCAACCCCGCCGAUGCUUACUUCUGAUACCACAGCCAGCGCUACAAAUGGCACUAUUGAUACAACUACAGCUAUGGCUCAGAAUUCAGGUCCCGGCCCAGGCAGCCUAGAGCGUUCCAUCUCAGAUACGAUCCUGCCAAUUCGACUCGGUAUGACUAGAGAUGAGCUACAGUUGACUCCCGGCCCCGAAUCGCUGGCAUCAAUUGCACAUGCGGUCUCAAUGACCACAGGGCCAUCGUAUGAUCCAAACACAGGACGCUUCCCAUAUCCUCCUGGGAAUGUCAACUACAAGAGAGUUAGUGUAUUGAUCGCAGAAGACAAUCCCCUGAACAGCCGACUUCUUGAGACUCGUCUAUCGAAGAGAGGACAUCGAGUGACAGUAAGCGUUGACGGGCAAGCCUGCGCCGAUGUUUUCAAACACGACCCAGCGGCUUUCGAUGUCAUUUUGAUGGAUAUACAAAUGCCAUUAGUCGACGGUAAUGCAUCCACACGUUUGAUUCGAACCUAUGAGAAGGAAGCGUCCCCACCGUUGUCCGAACAGGCAAAGCCGCAUGGAAGAAUCCCAAUCAUCGCAGUCUCUGCAUCACUAUCGGAGUCAAGCUGUACCGAGUACAUGGAAAGUGGAUUUGACGGAUGGAUUCUCAAGCCUAUCGAUUUCACCAGACUGGAGGCUAUCAUUGCAGCGAUCGAAGAUGAGAAGAUAAGGAACGCGUUGAUGUAUGGUUCUGCCAAAUGGAACGAGGGCGGUUGGUUCCAGCAGAAGCACGACACUCCGACUCAGUGUCAGCAUGAAGGCAAAGACCCGGAAUAA